AUGGGAAAACUGAAGGUGAAAUCUUCAUGUGAAUCUUUCCAAGAAGCCAUCCCCAGCCUCAAACCAGCAGGCUUCUCCCACCACAACCCCACCUCGAGGAGGAUUAAUUCCCUCUCCAGUGCCUUCACCACCUCCACCAUGUCCUCCUUUUCUCUAUCAGCUGAGCCUGAGGAAAAUCCCAACGACCUCCCGAAAGGUCCGAUAAGCUCCGCCAGGUUCUUCUUCUCUCCCUGCACUACCAAAUCCAUAAUGGAGGAAGCCAAAGCCGAGACCGACGUCCUAAAGAUGUCGCCUUUGGGCGAUCCAUGGCCGGAGACGGGGGCGACGGCGGGGGUCGAGAAGGCCUCAUUCCAUGAAGAGAGUGUGGCGCUAUCCAUGGCGUCGGAUGACCCGUAUCACGACUUCAGAGCGUCGAUGGAGGAGAUGGUGGAGGCGCACCAGCUGAGGGAGUGGCCUCGCCUCCAGGAACUGUUGCAUUGCUACCUCAGGCUUAAUGAAAAGAAGAACCACAAGAUUAUAGUGAUGGCAUUUGUGGAUUUGCUCGUGCAACUUGUGUCUCAAGAUAAAGAAGGCUUCUCUGCGUGCUUUCCCACUCUAGCUACCACAACAUGAUUGCUGAGAGUUUCUCUCUCUCUCUCUCUCUUUCUUUUUUGCUUCCUUUUCUCCUCCUUUUUUCCUUUUAUGCUACAUGGUUUAAUGAUCAUGCCUCUUUUUC